AUGUUAAACAGAAAUCGCGAGGAAGGACACGAACAUCUAUAUCACGAUUACUUUGCGGAUAAUUGUGUAUACGAGGCGAAGGACUUCAAAAGAAGAUUUCGUUUGAAUAGGGAUGUGUUCUUACGAAUCGUCAACGCCUUGGAAAGCCGGUACGGAUUUUUUCAAUUAGGAUAUGAUGCUAGAGGUAGACGCGGGUUUACAACGUUGCAGAAAUGUGUUGCGGCCGUUCGUUUGAUGGCUAUGGGGGAGUCACCCGACACCAUGGAUGACUAUAUGAGAAUGUCCGAAAGAAUCGCAAGAGAGAGUUUGUAUACAUUGUCAAGGGGUGUUGUUGAAACUUUUGGUGACGUGUAUUUGCGGAAACCUUCGUUGCAUGAUUUGCAAGAAUUGUAUGCGGCGCAUGAAGAACGCCAUGGGUUUCCCGGAAUGAUCGGAAGCAUUGAUUGCACACACUGGAAAUGGAAAAAUUGUCCGGUAGCAUGGAAAGGGCAAUACGCAAGUGGUCAUCACGGAUCACCUUCUUUGUUGCCAAUAUUCGACGAUCUUUUGAAUGGAAAAGCCCCGGAUGCUCCUUUCACGGUGAAUGGAAACGAAUACAAAUAUGGGUAUUACCUUACAGAUGGAAUAUAUCCUCAGUAUUCCACAUUCGUGAAGGCAUUCCGCCACCCGGUUGAAGAACGAGAUAAAUUUUUUAAGAGAAGACAAGAAGGAGCACGUAAGGAUGUGGAACGUGCUUUUAGAGUGCUGAAGGCGAAGUGGCAUAUAGUCGAACAUGCAGCACGACCAUUGGAUUUAGAAACUUUACGAUAUAUCAUGUAUGCAUGUAUCAUAAUGCAUAACAUGGUAGUAGAAGAUAAAAGGGCGAAAUAUUGCACACUAUAUCCCAACGGAGCCCAGACACAUUCAGUUUCAACCGGGAACAGCGGAUUAUUUGCAUCGCGUUGUUGA